AUGCUCGCCACCUCACGUACAGCUGCCGAUCUUAAGCCUCUAGAGUCGAAACACGCCAAUCUGGCGAAUGCAUCUUUUCCGCCGGAAAGCACACUUCUUCCAUUGCCAGCGUUUGCCAAAACCGGACAACGACCCGCCAAAUCAAAGCCCAGCAAAUAUCUCUUCAAGUCUCAAUCCACUCCGCAUCUGCGAGCCCGCAACAUCAUGUCGGAAUCCGAGCUACAAGCCAAGCGGAACAAACUGGGGUAUCAGCGGAUCUCCAUUGCUUGCGCGCACUGCAGACGCCGCAAGAUUCGAUGCUUGAUGUCGGAAAACGAAGGCGAGGGACGAUGCGCAAACUGCAUUCGUUUGAAGAAGGAAUGCGUAUUCUAUCCCGUUGAUCAGCAAGCUGCCAUCGAUGCUCAAGCCGAGUCAUCAGCAGGUGGCCGCACCAACAACGGGUCUCGGGCGUCCUCUGCUGCCUCAAUCUCACCACCGCUAGGAGCUACCAGGCCUUUCGAUCACCAACAUCAGACAAACGGGAGCACAUACUCAGUCUCGUCUGCAGACGAUCGAAGCGUAUACAUAGGUAUUCCUAUCGCUCCGAGCCAUAGUCAGCCACCCUUGGGCAGUAUGAGUGCUCCUAUACCUCAGCAGAGUCAAUUCGAGCAAUCGCAUCGCGAAUUUACGUCUGCUCAGUAUGGAUUUGCUCCGAGCGGAGACAUGAGCUCUCUGGAUCACCAUGCGCCCAACUUCUCCCGACCUAUUCUGACGACCGAUGCUCAUCUGGCGUUUGCAAGUCAACCUCCCAUAUCGAACGCAAGCUCAUAUUCCAUCUCCUCACCGGUGGACGCUCCGCAAUAUACAUACUCUCCCAUCAGUCCUUACGACCACUCCUCGCAGACGCCACAGCAUGCACAGUGGCCACUACAGCAACCUCCAGUCGUGCGCUCCAUGUCCUACACCGGGCCUGUACCAAGCUAUUCUCAACAGCAACCCAGCAGCAUAUACCAACCAGCAUUCACUCAGCCCGAGCAGCGUCAGCCUCCCGUCAUUCAGGCGCCCCAACAACACGAUCCGCGGAUGGUGCAGUACACAAAUUACCACGCCACUCCACCGUCAGCGGCACAGCACCAGGCUCAUGCAUACAUGCAGCCGUGGCCACCGCAAUACCAUCAGCAUUAUCAGGCGGUGCAACCAUUGCAGUCGAACUGGUUCGGAGAGACGACAGGAAGAAGCAGCCGGCAUAGCUAA